UACCGAUAUGUCUACGGCAUCGGCGUUUCUGCACGAGCUGGCGAGCAUACCGGAGAAAUUUGGGAUGCAAUUGUCAAGAAUGAUUUGGAUUCUAAAGAAGUCCUUGCAAUGUGGACAGGAGAAGGUUGUUAUCCAUCGGAACCUGUUUUCGCGGCACGCCCAGGUCACGAAAAUGAUGAAGAUGAUGGUGUACUAUUAAGCGUUGUAUUCGAUGGUUUAAACAUCAAAAGUUUCUUGUUGAUACUUGACGCAAAGACGUUGAAUGAAUUGGCUAGAGCUGAUUUGCCACACGUUGUGCCUAUAUCUUUCGGCCAUGGCGAAUUUAAAGAAUUCCGUAAAGAAUAA